AGGACUGACUUUCUUCUCUGAUGCUUCUUCUACUUUGUAUGACUGAGCUGCUGCCGUGUUUGCUGUCUGCUCUCCUUCUUCUUCCUCCUCUGUGUAUGUCUCAUGUGUGCUGACCUUGCCUGUGUUCACCAUGUACAGGACUCUGAAACGCUCCAGCAUCCUGAGGAUGGCGCUAGAAGGGGAAGGAGAGACGGAGAAGGGGGGCCGGGAGUCCUUCCUGAUCACAUCACUGAAGAUUGCCAUGGUGGUCGCGCUCUAUUGGUUCGUCUCCAUCACCAUGGUCUUCCUCAACAAGUACCUGCUGGACAGUCCAUCCCUCAAGCUGGACGCCCCGAUCUUCGUCACCUUCUACCAGUGUGUGGUCACCGUCCUCCUGUGUAAGACCCUCGGCCUGCUCACCAUGGUCAUCCCCACCCACAUGCUGGAGUUCCCCUCCAUACGUUUCGACCUCAAAGUCCUGCGCAGCGUGCUGCCCCUCUCCGUCGUCUUCAUCGGUAUGAUCACCUUCAACAACCUGUGCCUCAAGCACCUCGGGGUGGCCUUCUACACGGUGGGCCGGUGCCUCAGUACCGUCUUCAACGUCCUGCUGUCCUACAUCAUGCUGAAGCAGACCACGUCCCUCUACGCCCUGCUGUCCUGCGGGGUCAUCCUUGGUGGCUUCUGCCUCGGCAUAGACCAAGAGGGCGCGGAAGGCACCUUGUCCUGGGCUGGAAUAUUUUAUGGCGUCCUGGCCAGCCUGUGCGUUUCCCUGAACGCCAUUUACACCAAAAAGGUCCUUCCUGCCGUUGAUGGCAGCAUCUGGCGCCUGACCUUCUACAACAAUGUCAAUGCUUGCAUCCUCUUCCUGCCCCUGCUGCUGGUGUUCGGAGAGGUCGGCACCCUCAUGGCAUUUGACAAGCUGGACUCUUUGUACUUUUGGGGUAUGAUGACUCUGGGUGGGGUUUUCGGCUUUGCUAUAGGGUACGUCACAGGACUACAGAUUAAAUUCACCAGCCCCUUGACUCACAACAUCUCGGGAACGGCAAAGGCUUGCGCUCAGACCGUGCUGGCCAUUAUUUACUACCAGCAGGUGAAGACUGUGUUGUGGUGGACCAGUAAUAUCAUGGUACUUGGAGGCUCUUUCUCCUACACAUGGGUGAAGGGGUUGGAGCUGAAGAAGACACAAGAUCAGCCUGGGCAGACUAAUAGUACUGAGGAAAAAAGCCCUGCUGGGGUUUAAUAAUCCACCGUUCAGACUGAAUAUGGACCAAUAGAUAUCGGACUAGUGAGCAUCAAAUGUGAAAAAUUGUGCAGCCGUCUAUGGACGGCUUAGAAGUUGUCAUGCUCUAGUGCUUCAAAAACCUGCCGAUCUGUAACAUCUACCUAAACCUUUAUAAGGACUUUAUAUUUAAAGGGUCAGCCCCCCCCCAUACUGGUCAUACAGUAUUGAGUGCAUUCCACUGUGCUGAAAAUCCUGCCAGCGUCAUACUUUUUAGGGUUGCAGCAGCGAGGGUCCAUUCACACCAUUUUGCAAGUUAUAACUUGUGUUACUGUGCAUGGUCUUUAUGCACUGCAAAUGUAUGGUGAGUUGCAAUGCAAUCUUAUUUGUAUUUGUAUUAUCUAGUGCAAAAGCUCUGUGCAUUUUUCAUGCCUCAAUGAACCUCCACACCAGAAAAUGCUGGCAUCCAAGUAAAAACGAUAUGGUGCGGAUGAUCCCUGAGGUGUGCUCUUCAUGGUUUAUGGCUCCACUGAGCCCAGUAGAAGGUU